AUGUAUCGUAUUAUCCCCGGCUUUAUGUGCCAAGGAGGUGACUUCAAUUUCGGCAAUGGCGGCAUGGGCGAGUCGAUCUACGGUCAGUUUAUGCGGAAUGAGAGAUUUGCAUUUAGUCACUCGAAGCGUGGUGUAUUGAGUAUGGCAGAUGCGGGAUGGGAGCACAGCAACAACAGUAAUUUCUUUAUAACGUUUGGCCCUCAGAAGCAUCUAGAUGGUAAACAUGUUGUUUUCGGUGCGAUCGAGCACGGCAUGGAAGUUCUUGAUGCUAUUGAAAAGGUGGGGACCAUUGGAGGCAAGCCUAAGAGACCAGUGAUAAUACACAAGAGGUGGGCAGUUCAUUGGUGUUGA